AUGUCGGGAAGAAGAGCAGGAAAUAGGAUUCGUGGCCCGCAGAGUGCUUUGACUGACUUUCUUGCUGCAAACAACAUCUCGGCUGCACAGAUUCGCGACGAUUACGAGAGACGGAGACGAGAUGCUGAUCAGGCAGACGCUGCCACAGCAGGAGCAUCGAAUGAGAACGAUGAAGAUGACGAUGCUGUGGCUGCUGUUGUAGCUGCGGACGUGGCCGAGGAGGCCGAGAAAUUGGAGAAGAAGCAGAAACGCAAGCGCAACGAAAAGGAAGCUAUUGGGAAGAUCAAGAAAGCCAAAGCGUCAUCUUCCAAGAAGGGCAAGGGGAAGAAGAGCAAGAAGGACUCCGACGACGAUCUGGACUCCGACGAUGAGUAUGAUGAUGGGAUUGCACGGGAGAUGUACAAAAAGGCACGUCCUGCUCCAGGUCAAUUUGAGCAUUGCGAACUUUGCAACAAGAGAUUCACCGUCACGCCAUACAGCAAGGAAGGUCCUGACAAUGGCUUGUUGUGUACACCCUGCGGCAAAACACAGACCAAAGACUUGAAGCAAGAAAAGGCAAGGGCAACCGCGAAGCCAGCAGGGAGGAAGCGACGCAAGCUGGAAAGUGAUCGCCUCGACGGAGUCGCGUCUGGAGGGUCCAAGUCGUUGCAGCAGCUCUGCAUUGCAAAGGUUGCCGAGCAUCACGAGGAUGUCGAUGAGUUGGGUGAGUUACCACAGGGAGUGUUGGAAAAGCUGGGUGAGAUUUUCUCCAAGAAGCGAGUGAUGAAGCCUCGAACGCUGCCACUCUUCCUCCGGCCCGAUCUGGACUCUGUCGUUGUCCACGAUGCUGCUUACCUUGAAGUUGAGAACUACAACCAAAUCUUUGCUACGGUGCCCAAGAUUCAGCGACUGAUAUUGGGAAAUUGCUGCCAGCUAAAGGAUGAAUCGAUCGACUACAUGCUGGACAAGUGCCACGACCUGAGGCACCUACAACUCUAUGCCGCCAACCUCGUCAGCGACGAUGGUUGGAGUAGGCUGUUCCGCCAAGCAGGCAAUAAGCUGGAGGUUGUUAAGCUGUCUUGGCUGGACGCUGCCUUCGACGACACAUCAGUCCGCGAAAUGGUGAAAGAAUGUCCCAACCUCAAGAGGCUCAAGCUCAAGCUCUGUCGACGCAUUGGUGAAGACGCCGUUAUGGCCAUGUCAGACAUCUCCCAGCUUGAGCACCUCUCCCUAUUGAUGAACARACCAGUCUCCAAUGACACCCUGCAAGACUUGAUCACCAAACGUGGCGCCGCUCUUCGCACACUGUCUCUGGAAAAGUUUAUGGAUGCUGACGAUGCUGUUCUCUCUGCCAUCCACGGCUCGUGCACGCGAUUGUCAAAGCUGCGUCUGACUGAGAACGACACAAUCACAGAUGCUGCUUUCGCCGCCCUCUUCACGGAGUGGUCCAAUCCGCCAUUGAGAUUCAUUGAUUUCAACUCAAACCGAGACAUCGACAACAACAAUCCUGACGGCCCGGAACAUGCCAUUGGUCUCUCAUCUACAGGUUUCAAGGCGAUGAUGGCACACUCUGGCGCAUCCUUGAAACAUUUGGAUAUAAGUUCUUGUCGUCACAUUUCACUACCCGCAUUCAUGGACGUGUUCAAUGGCGCAAUGGAAUAUCCUGCUUUAGAACACAUCAACGUCAGCUUCUGCAAUCGCAUCGAGAACACCGUCGUCGCGGGGAUUUUCAGGAGCUGUCCGAACUUGAAACAGCUGGUGGCUUUUGGCUGCUUCGACAUACAAGAAGUCGUGGUUCCCAGAAAGAUCACCUUGAUCGGCGUGCCUCGAGCUCAGGAUGCCCUUGAGCAAUAUGGCGUCGGUAUUGAUGUUGACGAGGCAGUACAGCGGAUGGUCGAGGUURCAGCAUGA